AUGGCCGAGAUGAUUUGCAAGAGAAUCCCUAAAGUAUGGGGAGCAAUUUUCUCCCAAGGCACCGGUAAUGGGGCAUUCGAGGACGAUGGUAAAAACUCAGAGGACAGAGCAGAAUACUGGGGAUUUCUACUCGCCGUCGCAUGCUUACAGCAAGAGAAAUUCAACGGCAUCACGUUGUCCGCCCUUCGCCCACAUUCACCGCCGAUAGUCUUGUUUUCUCAUCCAAAAUCUCCCUUUGUUUUCUCCCCCCAAAGUGUGCCGAGGGCGGCACCGACACACGGGCGGGCAUGCAUGCGUGGCCACGACAAAAACGCCCCUGUCGGUGCUCAUUGGACCAAGGCCACAAGCUCGUUUGUCAUUGAAUACCUGUACACUGUACGAGGACUCGCCCAAGAAGGUGGCGUCUUGCAACCCGCCAUCUACGAUCUGCCCAACCCGGAAACGCACACGCGCCGCCCUCCCAGCAAAAAAUCCUGGCUGUGAAUCCUUGGGCUUGUUCGGCAAGGGUUAUGCAGGCUUCGGGGGAGGAGGGACGGGACGGGACACACAGCUUGGCUUGUUUUCUCUUCGGCUUUGCUGCCAGACUAAAAAGGCGACCAAGAGAACAACACUUGCUAGGACGAGGCUUUCUCUUAUGCCGGCGCAUGGCAUGGGUAGGCGGGAUAAAAGAGACAACUAACUAGCCCCCACUGGUCCCAGACGUCUGGGACUUGAUCCGACGCUGCCAAAAGCUCUUUCGGCCUUAUCCGCCCGCCUACAUACAUAAGAUGGGGUGGGAAUGCAAGGUGUCUUUUGGCGAGGAGCGAGGAGCGAGCGGUAGUUGGUUGGGUCAUAUACAAGGUGGUGUGUGUGUCC